GUCAGUUGAGCUCUCAGUGAGAGGAGGAGAACGCUCGUGCGCUUCACUCUCCUCCCCCCCCACACAGACGAUGCUGUGCAGGACUCCGACUCUCACACAGGCAGCGAAGCUCAUUUUCUUCACGAGUACACCUUAAACCUGUUUAUUUAAUUCGCGUCAAUAAACAAACAUACAAACAGAAAAAAAAAAUGCCUGAAUUGAUAUCUGUGGACGAGUUCAUCGCGGAGACUCUGGAGGACUACAGCUCUCCAACAACGUCUUCGUUCAUCACUAAAAUGACCAGUUGCCGGAAUUCCGUUAAUCAUAUUGAAGAGGCUUUGGACUGUGAUCGUACAGUGUUGCAGAAAAUGAAGAAAGCUUCCAAAGCCAAGCAUGCCUCUGGUCAAGACCACAUAUCACAUUUGGAGCUGUAUAUCAACUCCAUGGAGAAGCUAGCUGCCAAUUUCCACAACAACGGAGAGCAGGAGGUGGCCUCUGCCUUGAAUAAGUUUGCUGAAUUCUCUAAAGAGCUGUUGACACCAGUGAAGAACUUGUUAAAGAGCAUGCUCCACAAUAUCAACUUCUUCCUGGACUCACUGGUCAAAGGGGAUUUGAAAGAGGUCAAAGGUGAUCUGAGGAAGCCCUUUGACAAGGCUUGGAGGGAUUAUGAGAGUAAAUUCAAUAAGAUAGAGAAGGAGAAGAGGGAGCUGGCGAAACAGUAUGGCAUGGUGAGGACAGAGGUGAGCGGUGGAGAGAUUGCUGAGGAGCUGGAGAAGGAACGAAGAAUGUUUCAGCUGCAGAUGUGUGAGUACCUCAUUAAAGUGAAUGAAAUUAAGAGCAAGAAAGGUGUGGAUCUGCUCCAGAACCUUGUCAAGCACUACUACUCCCAGGGCAAUUUCUUUCAGGAAUGCUUGGUUGCCACAGAGAAGCUGAAGCAGUACAUUGAUACACUCACUGGAAAACUGAGCUAUAUAAAGCAAAGUCAAGAUGAAGAGAAGCGGCAGCUGUUUUCUCUCAGGGACCAGCUAAGACCUGCCCUGCAGCCUGAACUUAAGGAGGACUCCUUAUGUAAACAGACUGUGUACAGCAUGCAUCAACUUCAAGGCAACAAGCAAUAUGGAACAGAGAAAUCAGGCUAUCUCUAUAAGAAGAGUGAUGGGUUGAGAAAGAUGUGGCAGAAAAGGAAGUGCACUGUGCAGAACUGCUAUCUCACCAUCGCUCAUGGAACUCCAAACAAAUCACCAGCCAAACUGAAUCUCCUGACCUGUCAGGUCAAACCCAGUCUGGAGGACAAGAAAUGUUUUGACCUCAUCUCUCAUAAUCGCACUUAUCACUUUCUCACAGAAGAUGAGCCUGAAUGUGUCGCGUGGAUUUCAGUGCUGACCAACAGUAAGCAGGAGGCACUGAAUGUGGCUUUAGAUGAGCACAAACAGAGUGGAGGAAGCAGUGUGGAGGAUUUGACCCGUGCGAUCACUGAGGACAUCCUCCGCAUGCCGGGUAACAACGUCUGCUGCGACUGCGGUGCUCCAGAUCCUACAUGGGUCUCUACAAACCUGGGCAUCCUGACAUGUAUCGAAUGCUCAGGGAUUCAUCGGGAGAUGGGUGUCCAUUACUCUCGCAUCCAGUCCCUCUCUCUGGAUAAACUGGCCACUUCUGAACUCUUGCUGGCGAGAAAUGUCGGGAAUUCAGGGUUUAACGAAAUUGUGGAGGCCAAUCUCCUCAGCCCAUCUCUGAAACCGUCUGCAGAAAGUGACAUGUCGAUACGUAAAGAAUUCAUCCUGGCUAAGUAUGUUGAGAGUCAGUUUGCUCAGCGGAGUGGCGGUUCCCCAGACACCCUGCGUCGGCGUUUACAGGAGGCCGUACAUACGCGAGACAUUUUCAGCCUUCUGCAGCUGUACACAGAAAAGCUUGACCUCAGCCUGCCUGUGCCCAGCCCGCUGCAGGAAAAACGAGAGACUGCACUGCAUCUGGCCGUCUUAUUGGCUGAUCGGACCUCACUGCACAUGGUGGACUUCCUGAUACACAACUGUAAUAAUCUAGAUGCGCAGACUGUGAAGGGAAACACUGCACUGCACUACUGCUCUCUGCACAAUAAAACGGAGUGCCUGAAGCUCUUGCUGAAGGCCAAAGCCAAUACACUUAUCAAAAAUGAAAAUGGUGAGACAGCCCUGGAUACUGCUCGAAGACUGAAGCACACUCACUGUGAAGAGCUGAUUCAGCAGGCUCAGAAUAACCAGUUCAACAUGCAUGUUCACGUUGAGUAUGAGUGGAGACUGCGGCAAGAUGACUGGUACGAAAGUGAUGAUGACCUGGAAGAUAAGUCAGGUCCUGUGAAAAAGGAUCGCUUUGUCCGUCCACUCAGUGUGUACCACAGCAGCAGUUCAACUCAUAAUCGUGGAGGAGGAGCAGGAGGAGGAGGGAUCCUCAAUGUAGGUCGCAGGCUGCCUGUGCCAGGAAACGAGAACAAGAGAGAAACGUAUGCUAUUCCCAGCCCACAGACACGUAGCUUGGACAGUCCUCCACCUCCACCACCAUCUUCACCAGCACCUCCUCUCCCCCCAAGAGUGAGAGUACCGAACAUCCCUCCCCCUCCCCCUCCUGUGAGUCCACCAGAUGGCUGGAGCAAAGUCAGUUUCAGUACAAAGAGAACUCCUCCUCCUCCUCUAGUGAUCCGACAUAAGCGGACCUAUUCUGAGCCCUCAACUCAGGUGCUUCACAGCCCCCGUGGAGACUGCUGUUUUACAAACGCUGAUUACGGAAUGCCGGCAAGUCCUCGAGGCUUUAGUGUUCAAGAUUCAUCUUUUCAGAAAUCAGGGUCUCCAAAGUACACUGUGCCAGUGACGGCCCUCAACGCACUGUCUGAACUACCAGAACGAAAUUUUAAGGCAGAUCGUGAAAGGCACACCUCCCACUUCCUGUAUUCAACUGUGCAGAGCAGCAGCAGCUUGGGGCGACAGGGCCCAGCUCUCUCCCCCACCUCCCCUCACUCCCUCAGCCUGGACUCCUCAUCCUCCUGCCUUAGUGCUCCACACCCACUACCCAGACAAAAAAUGAUGAAGUCAAAGCUGAGACGGGUGAAAGCCAUGUAUGACUGUGUGGCUGAUCAUGAUGAUGAGCUUACCUUCAGGGAGGGAGAGGUACUUGUGGUUCUAGCGGAAGAAGACACUGAUUGGUGGCAUGGCUACAUUGAGGGACAGCCAAACAAGACUGGCCUGUUUCCUGCAUCUUUUGUCUCCAUGUUGUCUGAAUGAUGCUGGGCAAAGGAGAUCAAGACAAAGCAAGAAAGUGAGGUGCCCUGUGAAUCCAGUUGUGACCAUGUGAGAUGGGGGAGAAAGGGACGGGGCUUCCAGGUGGUGUCAGUUAAUAUCAGAGAGUUCAAAACACUUACACAUCUGUCAAUCAUUCCUGGUUUAUAUGUCAGUUGGCUUAUAUCCUGUUUUUUGGUAAGAAAGACUGCUCGCUUGCCAUAUUUGGAAUGCUAACGCUCAGAUGUUAAACUGCAGGAGUCUUACUCAAAAUACAUAAAGGUUAGCAGGUCUGGUAACAUCAUAUAAUUAGCAUAAACGUCACUGGAUAAUGGUGCAGUGUAAAAUCUUAUAAUUCUUAAGAAACCUUACGGAGACAGUUGAAUUGCUAUAUUUCACAAGCCUAGUUUACACUGGACAGCUAUGUAUCAUGUAUGAUUGUCCAAAGAUGUGAAAUUAUUAAUCGUAUAAGAGAAAAACAGUGAAGUCCUUUGAAUUGUGAUUUUCAACCAUACACAACUAAAGGAUUGUCUCAUGAUAACUCAAUGGUGUCUUUAAUUACAUGUACGCAUUAUAUUAAAGUAUCAGUUUUUACAUGAACAUUUUUUUUUCUUUAGGGUCAUUAAAUUGUAAACUCAUCACCUCAGCUCAAAGAAAUGUAUGGAUGAUUUUGUAGGAAGGAUAGUAUACUGUGCUAUCAUGCUUUCCUGAUGGGUAAACAAGACCCUUUGAUUAUACAAAUACAGUAUUACACAACGUUUUCAAGAGAUCUGCCUAAAAACAACACAAAAAUAUUCUGAAAAGAUGUGAUUUUUUUUCCUGCACUUGGAGACAGAAGAUAUUUAGUGACUUAGCUUAGAGCCUGGAUGUGUGAGAGCAUGGAUAUGGACGAUGUGUAUUUAUAUGUUGUGUAUGUUGACUUAAUAGAAAAUAGGACAAAUUGCUGGGUCAAUUAUUUUAAAAAUAAUGUUUGAACUGUAUAAUUUUAUAAAUAACAAGUCACCAAGAUGAGUGAUUUACUUCUUUAUUUUUCUACUUGCACACUUGAGUAGAAGGUAAGGCCUGUGACGAAUGCUUGUGAGGCCAAGACACAGAAUUAACAACUGAAUAUAAUAUUUCUCUUUUGCUUCCUUCAAGUCUAUGAUGAAGUAAGUGAAAAAAUUUAUUUUUAAAAAAUGUUAUAGCAAUCUGCAUUAGCAAUCUCUCUUUGCUAUUUAAUUUCAACCUUUUACUGUUUAUAAUUUUGAAUAUUUGAUUUUUGAAUAAUAAUGCUAUAGAAACAAAUGUCCUUGUCUA